GCGGAGGCGGCGGCGCUGCUGGACAGCUCCGGAGCGGCGCCCAUGUUCCGGAGACGGCGCAGAUGUGACGUGAUGCCCGUUGUUUUGGUGCGCCCGACCAAUCGCACGCGGCGGCUGGAUUCUACGGGAGCCGGGAUGGGCCCGUCGUGGCGGCAGCAGGACGCUCCCCUGCCGACCGUCACGCAUUGCGCAGGGUGCACCACCGCCCGGUCCUCCUGCGGCUUUAACGGCCCCGGCAUGGACCCGCCGCGCCACUUCCCGGCGGGCUUCGGCCCCGAGCAGCAGCAGCAGCAGCAGCAGCAGCAACAGCAACAACAGCAGCAGCAGCAGCAGCAGCAGCAGCAACAACAGCAGCAGCAGCAGCAGCAGCAGCAGCAGCAGCAGCAGCAGCAGCAGCAGCAGCAGCGCCCGCCGGCGCCGCCGCACUGCCAGCAGCACGGCCAGGACAAGCAGAGCCUCCUCCAGCAGCAGCAGCAGCAGAGCCCGUGCCUCCAGUGCAACAACUGCGCCUACUACGGGGCUGCUGCGGCAGCCGCGGGGGAUAACCUGCCCCUGCUGCUCCGCGCCUCCUCGCCGCUUUCGGGCGCCUUUCGGACGCACUCCUCGCCGCUGUCUUCCGCCGCCUCCUCCCGGCACGGCAGCCAGCUGAACGUCAGCGAGUUCACCCCGUCCAGCCAUGCUGGCGCGUCCAGGCAGCCUCACCAAUAUUCCCAGUACCACCAGUGCCAUAGCCUGCAGCAGCAGCAGGCAGCCAGCCCCAGCAGCAGUGUCAGCAGCAGCAGCACUCACCAUCAUCAUCACCAUCAUCAUCACCACCACCAUCACCAGCAGCAGCAGCGCCGGGAGAGCAACCCCUUCACCGAAAUAGCCAUGAGCAGCUGCAGGUACAACGGCGGCGUCAUGCGGCCGCUCAGCAACCUGAGCUCGUCCCGCAGGAACCUGCACGACCUAGACUCCGAGUCGCAGCCGCUCCAGGCGCCGCUCGCCAGCCCCGCCGCCGCUGCCGGCUCUGCCCCCGCCGCCGGCAGCCCCACCGCCCCGGAGAUCGUGGUCUCCAAGCCCGAACACAACAACUCCAACAACCUGGCGCUCUACAGCUCCUCCGGACCCGGCCCCGCCACGGGCAGCAGCAACAACGGCGGGGGCAAGUCCAGCAAGAAGAAGAACCAGAACAUCGGCUACAAGUUGGGACACCGCCGGGCUCUCUUCGAGAAGCGCAAGCGCCUCAGCGACUACGCGCUCAUCUUCGGCAUGUUCGGCAUCGUCGUCAUGGUCAUCGAGACGGAACUCUCCUGGGGCGCCUACACCAAGGAGUCUCUGUAUUCCCUCGCUCUGAAAUGCCUUAUUAGCCUCUCCACGAUUAUCCUGCUCGGGCUCAUCAUCGUGUACCAUGCAAGAGAAAUCCAGUUGUUCAUGGUGGACAAUGGAGCAGAUGACUGGAGAAUAGCCAUGACUUAUGAGCGUAUUUUCUUUAUCUGCUUGGAAAUACUGGUGUGUGCUAUACAUCCCAUACCUGGGAAUUACACAUUCACAUGGACAGCCCGGCUCGCCUUUUCUUACGCUCCAUCCACAACAACAGCUGAUGUGGAUAUUAUUUUAUCUAUACCAAUGUUCUUAAGACUAUAUCUUAUUGCCAGAGUUAUGCUUUUGCAUAGCAAACUUUUCACUGAUGCCUCAUCUAGAAGCAUUGGAGCAUUAAAUAAGAUAAACUUCAAUACCCGUUUUGUUAUGAAGACUCUAAUGACAAUAUGUCCAGGAACUGUACUGUUGGUUUUUAGUAUCUCAUUAUGGAUAAUUGCUGCAUGGACUGUCCGAGCUUGUGAAAGGUGGGCAACACAUCUGUCUUCAAAUGUGACACUGCAGAGAUACCAUGACCAACAGGAUGUUACUAGCAACUUCCUUGGAGCAAUGUGGUUGAUUUCAAUAACUUUUCUAUCCAUUGGAUAUGGGGAUAUGGUACCAAAUACAUACUGUGGAAAAGGAGUCUGUUUACUUACUGGAAUCAUGGGUGCUGGGUGCACUGCACUGGUGGUAGCUGUGGUGGCAAGGAAGUUAGAACUUACCAAAGCUGAAAAACAUGUGCAUAAUUUCAUGAUGGACACCCAGCUAACUAAAAGAGUGAAAAAUGCAGCGGCCAAUGUACUCAGGGAAACAUGGUUAAUUUAUAAAAACACAAAGCUGGUUAAAAAAAUAGACCAUGCAAAAGUAAGGAAACAUCAACGCAAAUUCUUGCAAGCUAUUCAUCAAGCUCGGAAAUUAAGAAGUGUAAAAAUGGAACAAAGGAAACUGAAUGAUCAAGCCAACACUUUGGUGGACCUGGCAAAGACUCAAAACAUCAUGUAUGACAUGAUUUCUGACUUAAAUGAAAGAAGUGAAGAUUUUGAGAAGAGAAUUGUUACUCUGGAAACUAAACUGGAAACUUUAAUUGGUAGCAUUCAAGCUCUUCCUGGAGUGAUUAGCCAGACAAUCAGCCAGCAACAGAGGGAAUUCCUCGAGGCUCAGAUACAAAAUUACGAUAAGCACGUUGCCUACAGUGCUGAACGGUCACGAUCUUUGUCAAGAAGAAGGAGAUCAUCCUCCACAGCACCACCAACUUCAUCAGAGAGUAGCUAGAAGAGAAUAAGUUAACCGCAAAAUAAAGACUUUUUGCCAUCAUAUGGUCAAUAUUUUAGCUUUUAUUGUAAAGCCCUAUGGUUCUAGCCAGUGUUAUCUGGGUUCUGAUGUCAGAAUCCUGGAAACCUGAACAGAUUUUAGGCCAAAAUGAGUGAAAACUCUUCUUUUUUUCCCCCCUCCUCCUCUCAGAUGCACAGUGAAUGCACCUAUUAUUGCUAUAUUAGAUUGUUCUUCCUGUAAUUUCACUUUUUAUUCAUGCACUUCAAGCAAGCUUUACUACUACAAUACAUAAUCUAGUAUAAUAAAAAGGUUAAUUUCUGCACAUAGUUACUUGAUUACUUGGACCUAAUGACCAAAAAAAAAUCACAAUCAAAAGACCUAAUUAUGAACUUUUAAGAAGCUAAAUUGAAGCUUAAUAAUAAUUUCUCAGUAUGAAAGCUAACUGUCUAAACUUUGCUUGCAGUGGAGGGGGAAAAAAAAUUGAUAUUAAUCUAACAGUGUGCUGUAUAUGUAUAGUCAUUUUAAAAGGUCACUGACAGCUUCAAUUUCUGAAGUGAUUAAUUAAAAAUAUAGUUUAUCCUAGAAUAUAAGUCUUGGAGUAAGCUAUGGGUUUUUAAAAUAUUCUUAGGGCUUUUAUUUAACAUGCAUUGGUACACACAUGCACAUAGAUAAUAUCUAUAUACAUAUGUAUUUAUGUAUAUAAAAUUAUUUAUGCAAUGCCCAUGGCAAUGAUCUUUUAAACUGACUAUUUGUAAAGCUACUGGCAUUCAAAAACUACAGGCAAAGUCCUGUUUACUUAUUUGGAGUCUCAUAACUAUGCCAGGUAAGUUUGUCCAGAUCGAAAGCAUCACUUUCAGCCAGAAGUCUCCUAAUAAUGCUAUUUGGGUUUUGAAAGUGUUAGGUUGCUACUUUCUCCACUCCUUUCAUUGUGUUUCUGGAGUGAAUGACUGACACACAUAGUAUACACGGUUGCGUGAUGGCAGCACAGUGUUCUGUAUACAUUAUGUUUGGGUAAUCCCCAUGUUUCCUGCUAUGCAGUCAAGCUUAGCAAAACACUUCUAGCAAUAUUUCCAAAAUCUGUAAAAAGCCAGCUGUAGACUGGAGUUACAACAGUAGGGUAUCUAUAGUACUUUAUUUUCGUGCAUAAAAAUGAGGUCUCCUACUUUAUUUAAAAAAAAACAAAACAAAAAAAAAAACAAAACAAAAAACCCAAAAAAAACCACAA